ACAAAAAAACAUUUGUUGUGACGUUUUUCUUUUUCAUUUUCUUGUAAUUCAGAAGAAUUUUGGAAGUUCUUGAAAACUUGGAUCGACGAAUAGUGUGAUUAUAAAUUCUAAAGCUUAAACAUUGUGCGCCACAAUGUCUUUAAAUACAGCUCACGCUGACCACGGUGUCUUGAUACAUGCAGGAGAAUCCAUCAUCUUGUUUUCCGACAAUGUCACAGUGGAAUUCUACGGCAACGAUGCGGUUGAGUUUAAAGGGGCUAAGCAUGGAAGAAUGUACCUUACAACUCAUAGAAUGAUUUAUAAUUCUAAAAACCCUUCUGAUGUUUUGCGCUCUUUCAGUUUUCCGUUCAUAGCUAUGCAGGAUGUAACAGUGGAGCAACCAAUGUUUGCAGCAAACUUCAUCAAAGGGAAGGUUCGUGCUCAGCCAAAUGGGAAUUUUGUAGGCGAAGUGAAGUUCAAGUUGACUUUCAAAUCUGGGGGUGCUAUUGAAUAUGGUACUGCAAUGUUAAAAGCUGCACAUCUUGCUAACCGGUUCAUGAGCAAUGAUGCGCCGCCUCCGCCAUACUCGCCACCCACUGGGCCAUGGUACGCAGCGCCGCCGCCGGCAUACGCUCCACCCCCGCAAGGCUACUAUGGCUGGGUGCCUCCUUAUAGUGCUUUCCCUGAUCAACCACCACCGAACUCGGUAUUUGUGUCAAACAACCCGCCGCCAUACCCGGGUGUGAUGGGCGUCACCUACCCGCCAGGCCCUGGCGCCUCUGGCAUGCCCAACGCCACAGGUGCGGCCGCCAGUGCCCCGCCAGGUUACCCGGGUUACCCAGGCAAUCAAGCCGGUUUCUCGCACCAUCCUCCACCACCCGGAUAUCCCGGUGGCUUUGCAGCGCCAGGAGCCACGGCCAAUAAUAUGUCAUCAAGGGAUGCUAAGGCAGCUGAGGCCCAACAAAGUGCUUACUAUGACCCGAACAGGCCUCAAACAGCUUAUGUGCCACCACCAGCAUCUUACGAUCAGCCCCCGACCUAUCAAGAAUCACAGUUGAAGAAAAACGACUAAGGCACUGUCCACAUUACCAUAUGCCACUAUCAUCUGAUAAGAAUGCAGAAACGAGCCCACAAAGUAUAAAUGCAUAGAUAUCUACAGUUCACGCGAAAGUUCAUGACCAUUCUAAAGAAUCUUAGACUUGGUAUUACUAACAUAUUACUUGUAAUAUAUGAUUAAUGGACAUGAACCCUUUUGUGUGUUUCGUACUAUACUAAAUAUGUAUCUGACAAUAAGAUAGAUAUCCUCUAUUUCAAAUUGUAUCUACCUAUCAUAUACAUGUAUUUCACUACACUCUCUCUCGUUCGCUUAUGCCCUAAAUAAUUCACGAAACUUUAAUUUGUGUUGAAAGGGGUGCUAGUGCUCCAGCUAUGUAAUGUUCUAUACAUUCCUUUUCUCAAUGAUGUUUAUAUCCACAUAUAAUUAUUAUUGUAAAUUUUAAUAUUGAAUAAUAUUAGAAAAAAAGAAUUGAAUAAUCAUUAUAUUACAGCACCUCUUGGUGCCUGCAUAAGCAGCAUGCACUAUUUAUUAUAUUAUACUUACCUAUGUAAUUGUUAAGCCCCAUUAUUCAUCAUGCUAUAUUAAUUGCUCCGCAAGAUAGUGAUGUAGAGCAACAUCGCGCAACGUAACCACAAGACGCCCAACUUAACAAAGGUAUUUUUCUUAACAAAACUAAAAUGUUUCGUUAUUGUAAACUAAAACAAAAACUCGCAUUGUUAACAGUUAAAAUAUGUUUGCAUGUGUAACAUGAAACGUAAAUUACGGCAUGAAUCUUAAUAACCGUCACGAUUUCAAGUAAUAUUGACGUUAUUUUUACAUUGUUAGCGAUGUGAUUGUAAACGCCAAAUGUAAUACAGUAUAUCGAAACAAAGAUCGAACAAACACAGAAAAAUUCUUUUCAUCACAGUUGCACGCACGUGAAUAGUAUGAUUGCACGCAGGCUAACUUGACUGUAAUGCCCCAAAUAAAACCCUCGGGCCAUUUUUCUUCUCAUUACCUACAUUUAUGUGCAAGUGUGAUGAAAAACAUUGUAUGUUUCACGGGCGGUACGAGAAUUAUUAACUCGACUCCGAAAGCCCUCAGUCUUCGAAUUCGGGUUUCUAAUGGUCUCGUUCGUAAUUCCUUAUUUACCGCCCUUAAUACAAUUGUGGGGUCUGGAUGUUGUCGGACUGGUCGGCAAACAAUCAAUACGUAAUUAUUAUUAUUAUCUAUUUUAGACUAUUAAAUCAAUGAAUGAAAUGAAUUUAUUAUUUUAUUACAAUGUAUUAUUUCGUUUCGACGGGACCACGUAGCCUCGUUAAGGCGACUGACGCUGGUUCGUGUCCAGUCCGAUCGAAAAUAAUUAUUCGAUCUUUGUUUCAGUAAUAAUAACAAACUAGUCGGGUAUUUUUACAAAAAAAAAAAAAAUAGAUGACUGUCA